CUAUUGUGCCGUGGGGUGAGAUUUAGAUGCGAAUAAAUAUAAGCUGUCCUAUGCCCUGACCCCCUUAAACCAAUUGCAAACAAACAAGGUUGAAGGUUACCUCUCCAAUUCCCCCACCCCGGGUUUCAGCCCAUCCUGUGGGCCUUAGAAGUCGAAAUUAUUGGUGUUUCAUUUUCUUCCUCCAUCUUUCUACAAAACAUUAUUGAACUCCAUUCCUUACAUUUUAGCAACGAGCUAGUUCCAACACGACAAAGCAAUGGCCAAGACUGAGAUCGAUACGAAGUUUGAGAGCAAUGACAAAGAACUAAAGCACUUGUGGUUUGUGAGGAUUGCUGCUAUUCAAACUUAUGUGUUUGUGUCAAAUCUAUAUGAGUACGCAAAGCAGAACUCUGGGCCUUUGAGAUCCACUGUUGGAACGGUGGAGAACACUGUAACCACCGUUCUUGGUCCUGUCUGCAACAAAUUCAAGGACGUCCCUGAUGAUGUCCUGGUUUUUGUUGACAACAAGGUGGAUGAAGCUUCUCACAAGUUUGAUGUGCAUGCUCCUCCUUUUGCUAAGCAGCUUGCCGAUAAGGCCAAGAGUUUGAUUCAGAAACUGACACACGAGGCAGAGAAAGUGGCAAGUGAAGCUCAAUCCGGGGGGCCACGAGCAGCUGUACACUACGUUGCUACAGAGUCGAAGCAUUUUCUGUUGAUAAAUUCAGUGAAGUUGUGGGCUGGGCUCAACCACUAUCCACCAUUCCAUGCUUUGGCUGAUAUGGCAGUUCCCACUGCUGCUCACUGGUCAGAGAAGUAUAACCAUGUGAUUAAGGUCAUGACUCAAAAGGGUUACAGUUUCGUUGGGUAUCUACCUUUGAUUCCCAUUGAUGAGAUAGCCAAGGCAUUUAAGCAGGGAGAGGCUAACUUGAAAAAAGAUGAUGCAGCCUCUGCGGAUCAGAGAUCAGAAUCAUCAUCAUCUGAUUCUGAUUAAGUUUGGUGGACUUCUUUACAAAAUUUGCUUCUGAGUGACCUUGUUUGUGGGUUAUGACUAGACAUACUUGGAAGUUAGUAAGACUUGGUAAGACUGUAACUAAUCUAUGUAGAAAUAGGGUUUAUGUAAAUGGUGCUGGAUAAUGGUUAUUUAAGGUUGUUUGUUUCCCCCUUUUAUAAAAUAUUGCUUAGUGUUUCUUAUUAUGAC